ACCCAGUUGACUGACGAGGAAUCGGCUCAGCUGACACGCGCUGGCAAGGCUCAGUGGCUGUUCCGGUAAGGCACAGCCACAAUUUUUAGCGCGAGACAAUGCAUGCACGAUUUAACCCAUUGUGAUCUAGCGGGGGCUGCCUUGCCAGCUGAAUGAUCAACCAGCAUUAUCGUGAAUCCGCGGAUCCAGGCAAGCCAAGGACGGCAGAAUAUUGCUUUCGGUAUCACUUUCGACCUUGUCUGUCGUAUCCGACGACCAUGGAUGCGGGCCCCCUUGCGCAAAGUCAGGGCCUCAUCAAGCACAUCCGCACCACUUUGACAAUCCUCUUAGCCAUUCAAUUAGGGGCUAUACUCUUUCCACAUGCAUGCUUCUCGUCAGCAUUGGGAUAUGUUGUCCACAGUCUAUACAGAUACUUCUCGCCCGAUUUCGAAACAGCCUUAAUAAACGGGUACAUCCGGCCGAUCAUCGGAUUGCGAUUGUGUUGGCGAUGCAGGCUCUUAAGAUACACGCCUCCAUGUUGCAGAAAGCGACACUUUGACAAUGCAGCACAACUCGAGGUAUCUGGCUCGAGAGGCUGUUGGCUCUGUCAUGCAGUAAACGAACAAUUUCGGCAAUCUCAAGCCGACUUUGAAAACCCGCCCAAACAUCACCGGCCUGAUGAUCUUCGCACACACCAUCUUUUGCUAUGGUUUGCUGAGCAAACUGAAACCAGUAGUGGUUUUCUUGAUCACCUCAGAGGCAAGAGCUACAUUGCGUAUAUCUAUGGGCGACAUACUCGCGACGUAGCUUUAGAUCCAUCUUCGGAAGCUAGUUUCUGCUUGGUGAAGGAGUGGGUGGAAAGAUGCGAUAAACAACACAUUUGUUACCAAGGCAAUCACUCGCCGCUACCAUCCCGGGUGAUCGACGUCGGCGCAGAAACACCAUACUUGUAUAUCUCGGAUGAUCAUCAUGCCCCAUAUAUGACACUCAGCCACUGUUGGGGAGGCAAACAGCCACUUACUACAACUACUGCCACACUCAAAGAGAGGUGCAUGGGUAUAUGUAUGGAAUCUUUUCCCGAACUUUACCGUGAUGCGGUAACCAUAACUCGGAAGUUAGGCAUACAGUACCUUUGGAUCGAUAGCCUUUGCAUACUUCAGGAUUGCAAAGAUGAUUGGUCAAAAGAAGCGGCCAAGAUGGGCGACAUAUACCGGCUAUCGUAUCUGACUCUGUAUGCUCUCAGUUCUCCUGAUUGUGGUCAUGGAAUGCUGGCCCAACGACAUGGCCUAGCAUCAGCAGAGACGCCAUCGCUCAACAACGCCAACAGUCUCGAAAAGACGAGAGCACAUGUUUUCAGGACUGCACCGCUUUGUCAAAGAGCUUGGGCACUUCAAGAACGGCUUCUAUCGCCCAGGCUCUUGUAUUACAGCGAUGGAGAAACGUUCUGGGAAUGUCUUGCGCACACAGCCAGGGAAGGGAACCAUCGCAUCAUCCCACACAAGCCAACCCCGUAUCGCUACGAGAGCUAUGAAUGCCCUCAAGUAAGGAUUCAUCUCGUCAAGCCAUUGGAAGAUAACCCCUCGUUCCCAGUCUCUAUACCGUCCGACUGGCAGAUCAUAGUGUCAGAAUACUCACGCUGCCGUCUAACUUACCGUUCGGACAAACUGCCCGCUUUGUCCGGGUUGGCAUCCAUGUACCGAAGGAACACAGGCUAUACCUACGUUGCGGGCAUGUGGAUAGAAAAUUUGGCAGAUGAGCUCCUAUGGUUUUGCCCUCUCGAACAAGACUACCAGCCCCAAAACCUUGAAGCGAGCAGUAAUAGUCUAGUUUCAGAACCUUCUUGGUCUUGGAUUUCCUCAGAUCUUGCUGUUCGAUUCAAGGCGCUGGGCAAUAUCACUGGAAAAUGGUCGACGGACUUUGAGCUUAUUCAGCUGACGGGGACCGAACAAGCCACAGACGACGACAUCCCCUAUGUACUCAUGAUCCGAGCUUAUUUCUAUCGGGUAUCUCUCCAGAUCUCACACACUUCUAGGAGCUGUAUCCUACUCGAUGGUACGGGUCGUGAAAAACUCGGCAGAGGAGUUCUGGAUGUGCCAGGGGGGCUCUCCAUCGUCCCGAGAUCAUGCGCUGCAAUAGUCGUCAGGCGGAAGCUGCAAAAAGACAUGUUUCAGCUAUCGCCAUACAUGACGUAUCUACUCCUCGUCGUACCCGCUCCUGAGGCUCAAGGAGAAGAACGCUGGAGAAGAAUUGGACUUGCCUGGACUACCCGGUCUUUGACAUCUGCACCGGAAAAGUCACUGAUCAGGCUAGUUUAGAUGGCUGGUCUGGAAGCUGAUCAUGAGCGGUGUUCGUGAAGAUU